ACAGAUGUUUGUUGGGAUGUCUUGACAUUGGAAUCAUUCAAAUUAAAAAAAAAAUCCAUUUAAUUUUGGGGACAGUUAUUAUUACAUAACACAUUGUAUAAGAUGCGAGUGAAAUUCGAUUGGAUAGAGUAGUACUCGAACAGGAGAACACAAAAUCCGUGUUAAACCCUUCGGUCGUCAGUGUUAAUACUGUCAGUAUUAAUUUGACAGCACCAGUUUGGAACGCAUUUACACAAGAAAAGAAACCUAAAAAAAUCAAAGUGUCAGAAAACAUUUUGUAAACAUUCUUCCUGCUUGAUGAAUGAAAGUGUCCUUCGCGAUUGCGGCUUUGUUUAGUUGCGUCGUGUCAUUUUGGCACUAUAAUAUUGUUAUUUUCGUAGUAUUUACCAUUUUUUGUGCUGAAAACGAAAAACAGAGUUCUUUCAAUAUAUUGUACGUCUUGGUAAUUGCUGUGUGGGAUGGACCAAUCCACUGAUCAAAGUCACUUACUGCCUCGACUACCCACGGAGAUGUUGGUCAUAAUUUUCCAACAUUUGCCCAUGUCGGAUUUGGCCAAAGUGCGGCUAACUUGUCAUCACUGGUAUGAUACGGUUUGCCACACAACUUCGCUUAUGGAAAGAUUUGUGUUGUCGUUCAAAAACUGUCGCCUAUACGAGGGCUGUGAACAGAGUCGAGUGUUAUCUAAGACGAAAAGUAGCUACACCAAAGCCACUUUGAAGGCCGUAGCUAUUGAAGAGGCUGAUACGUUGUGGCGCGCUUUGGGCCGAAAUCUGCAGGAUCUCACAUUGAAUGAUUGUUCUCUAUCAGGCGAUACUAUGGUGCAAUUGCUACGACACACACCUCACCUCAAAUACUUCGCUCUAAAAACCACCAAAUUUGAGGAAUUUCAGCUCCAGAAUGUCUCCAUAAAUUUUCAGUUGCCAAAACUGGAGACAUUAACGCUGCGUUCUAUCUUUGUAUACGACGAGUGUUUUGAUAUGUUCAUGAAAGUCUGCCCGCGACUGAAGGUCCUCAAAUUGAAUUACUCGUCGUUUGUUGGUUGGGGUGAGAAGCUAGUUGAAUUCGUACAAGCCCUCCGUGGAACUUUGGAAGGAAUAAAUCUUAGCUAUACUAAAGUCGGCGCGAUGCUGCUACAAAAAAUAUCUACUAUCGAACGGUUAAAACUGAAGAAAGUUUCGCUGAAGUCCAGCUACGACCUGAAACAGCGCGACAUUAUCCAUCUAAGUAGGGUACAACCGACAAUUGUACACCUGAACAUUGACAAUUUGUUUCCAGCGGACGAUCAGAUACUCAGUGAAAUUAGCCGAAAUCUGCCCAACAUGAAGCGCAUCAAGCUUCACAUUUGCCGUGUACAUAAUUUGCAGCAAUCGUUCCUGUGCAAUAUGCGACGAUUAGAGUAUCUUAAGAUAACGGAUGCGACUCACGUGGCCGGCAAUCUGGACCUCAGCGCAUAUGAAAAUCCGCAUCUCGAGAAGCUGUACGUAUCUGCGGCCACAUUUUCACGUAACACCCUACCGCGCUUUUUCGAGAAAACACCUAACAUUCGCAGUCUGACUCUGUACCAGUGUUCGUACGAGAAUAUUCAUGAUCUGCAGCUCUCGUUCGCAUUUCUUAAAUCACUAGAAUACCUUAACCUACAGCGUACUUUUGAUAUAGAUGAUAGUUUCUUUAGUCGGACCGUUUUCGAUAGUGUUAACAUGCCGUUUGAGCGUAUUCGGUUCUAUCCAGUUACAAAUUUGAGUAAGCUGUGUUAUCUGAAUCUAAGUAGAUGCCGAGAUUUGUCAGAUGAGACGCUCGUUGCGCUUAGCUUUUCUCGACUAAAGAAAAUCGAUUUGCGAGGUUUGAAUAUUACUGAUUUUGGCGUUCGUGCUUUGGUGAGACAAUGUCCACGACUGGAAUACGUGCAUGUGGACGCCUGCAAACGAAUCUGUGACAGUGCAGUAUUGAUGUUGUGUCGAGAUUUGAAGCGGCUCAAAUUGCUGAACCUAGACGGCUGCCGAGCGAUAACCGACGCAUCCGUAGACCACGUAAUCAACCACUGCCGAACUCUGGUGUGGCUCAACAUGAUGAACUGCCCUUUGCUAUCAGAUGAUGCUAAGCAUCGAUUAGAGGGCAUGCGUAGCAUACGCUCCCUGUACGUCUAGUUUAAUUGUGAUUCGAUGGUGAUGGUGGUGGGUAAUUAUUUAUUGUCGUAGUGAAGCAUAAUAUAUGAAAAUCAGCACAAUAAUUUUGUAGCCUAAAGCAAAAUCUCUACUGGUGUGAUAGUAGCAAACAUAUUUACACUAACGUCGCAGGCGGUGUAUUUACAGAGAUUGCUGAGACAUUUUAGAACUCUCUUUUAUAACUGAUUGCAUACUGUUUCAAUCCACGCCAUCCUCGUGUAAAUUAUUAAGGUCCCUAUUCAAAAUUUAGUAAAUUUACAUCCUGUUGUGCUGUAGUAAAUAAAAUGUAGAAUACUACAUAUCGAAAUAUAUAUAUUUUUAAAACUGAA